AUGGCUAUGAAGUCUUUGCUGCUUAAUCAGACAAAACAAUUAUUCACCAAACCGAUAUGGUAUCCAAGAUCAAGAAGAGGCCAUCAUAAAAAACCUUAAAUUUUUAUUUUUAUUCAAUAAUUUUUCCUACUAUAAAAUCUCAAAAAAAUAAUUACUUCUAUUUUAUAGUGUAAAAAAUGCAAUUUUUCCUCUAGUAUAUUUUUUAAGUUUCCCUCAAGACGAGAUUUGGACUGUAUUGACAAGUCUCAUAGAAAUAUUAUUGAUGAUCUUGGAAAUUCCUACCCAGGCUCAAACGACAUCGAUUACAUGAAUUGGCUUUCAUCAAUGAGAAAUUAUGAUACCCCGGCCGAUUCAGACGUCCCUGAUGCUUAUUAUCCUGAGCAAGCAAAUAAGACUUGGAAUAUCCUUUAUGGGAAGCUUAAAGAGCUUCAUAGCCUUUACGCUUGUGACGAACACAACCAAAACCUCAUUGAGUUGGAGAAUAAAAACAUUUACACUGAAAAUGAAGUCCCUCAGUUUUCUAAAGUAAAUAAUUGGCUAAACUCAAAAACAGGAUUCAAACUAGUUCCUGUUGGAGGAAUGAUUAAUGCAAGAUCAUUUUUAUAUGGACUUGCUUAUCGAGUAUUUUUUGCAUCAAGGUAUAUUAGGCAUAUUUCUUCCCCAUUUUACGCAGUCGAACCAGAUGUAGUUCACGACCUAAUGGGGCAUGUUCCACUUUUUGCGAAUGAGGAGAUGGCCGAAUUUUCUCAAGAAAUUGGUAAGAAAUCACUUGGAGCUAGUGACGAAAAAAUUGACCAAUUAGCUAUAAGCUAUUAGCUGAAAUUUACCAAUAUAUUAUUUAAAAUAGAUGAAGUAUGGACAAUUUAAAGCAAAAAACUAUAAAAUUUAUUACUACUCACUCCUCCAUUAAGCUAAGUUAAGUUAAACUAGCCAGGCCAUACGUGGGCGAACCAACGGACCUCACACACCUCAGCUCGAAAGUGACUCCAGAUCGGGUUCUGAUGUGGCCAUACUCCCAGACCCAUCGCCAUCUUGAUUUCUGGUCUGAACUACCUGUCCAGAGUAUCAACUCCUUUAUAUAGAGCCACUUCUUGGAGAGUGCCCCGAUGCUCCCGAUGCGGGGAGACCAUGUAGUAGGAAAAACUGUCUAGCCCAUCUGGCAGGGAUAGGGAAAACCUUCGGGGGAGAAAUAAAACUUCCUUUUCGGCAUAGCUUCCCCACCUCUGAAGGCCUACCUGGGCAAGGAACGAGGCCCUGUGUCUCAGUUUCAUCAGAAAUGGGUCCUACCAGCUCCAUAGGAGGUGCGCCUCGGAGUCCAACUUCCGUCAACGUCACCAUUUUAUUUCUUCCUCCUCCGUUAAGUAAUUUUAAAAUAUAGUAAAUUUUAAUUUAACUUCAUAUUGCAUCUCUAUUUGUAUAAAAAUCUCUAUAGGCUUAAUGAAAUUAAUACAGAUAGGAAAAAAAAUAUAAAAACUUUUUGUCAUAAAGGUUAGUAGAAUUUGGCGUUAUUGGUGAAAAAAUUCUCGGAGCAGGGAUUUUAUCCUCGAGUGGGGAAAUAAUUAAUGUCGGUGAAAAAAAAUGUAAAGUCGAGCCUUGAGAACUCAAAAAGGUUCUGAAUGGGCGUACAUAAAAAGCCCUAUUUUUAAUGCAUUUUUACCAUCAAAAACAAUUGAAAAUUUAAUUCCAUGCUUAAUCCUGAUGAAAGCCAUAUAGUGGUUCUAAAAUUAUGCAAAAAACCCCCUGCAUAUGGAGCAAUUUCACCUUAAAAACAAUCAUAUAAAAACCCAUUGGUUUUUUUUCUUAUCAACUCAUUCUGAAUAUGGACUACGUUUUGCACGACUUCCAACCGCUUUUAUUUAAAGCUAAUAGCCUCACAGAAAUGAAAAAGUUCGUCUUUGAAGCUGUAGAAAGCUAA